AUGGUGGCUAUUUUCAAGGACGAUGGGCAGAUCGACAAGUUUGUUCUAAAGAAAGUAGAAGAUGAGAAGGCUGAUGCUAAGUCUGAUGAGAAGACUGAUGCUAGGGCUGAUGGUAAGGCUGAUGGUAAGGGUUCUGGGAGUGGAAGCAGCAGGGUAAAAAUGAUCAAAAACUACGAUGAUUUAAAAAAGCCAAUGAUUCGUUAUCUAAAUGACGAAAGUGAUAAAUCAGAUCCUGGCAAAUUUGAGAUAACAGCUAAUAAACAAAUUACUAAUGGCGAAGCUGGUUUAAAAAAUAAUAUGAAUGGAAUGAACGGUACCGUUGGGUCGACUGGCCCAGUUGGGAACAAUGAGGAAUUUUUAGAUCCCAUAGACCCUUUUGAUGACGAAUUCCCUAACACUAACAUAAUAAACGAUAACAAAAAUUUGAACCACGCCUCAAACAACUUUAAUAAUGCCGGUGAUUUGAAUAACUUGAAUGGCGCUGCUGGAAUUAACAGGUUAAAUAUGGCCAAUCCUAAUAUCAUGAAUGUUCCUAAUACUAUGAAUAUCCCCAAUACCAUGAAUGUUCCUAAUACCAUGAAUGUUCCCAAUACCAUGAAUGUUCCUAAUACCAUGAAUGUUCCUAAUACUAUGAAUAUCCCUAAUACUAUGAAUAAUGUUGGUAUGAAUAAUGUUGGUAUGAAUAAUGUUGGUAUGAAUAACAUGAAUAUGGCGAAUACCAUGAAUAUGGCGAAUAGUCUUAAUAAUAUUGGCAAUAUGCCUAUGGGUAAUCCUCUGAUGGGUAAUAUUCUGAAUGACACUGGCGUUAUGGGUAUUAGGAGGGAUGUUUUUGAGGAUAAUUUAGAGCUUAAGAGGAUGAUAAACCGCAACUUCGUCCAACUUGAAAAUAACAUUAACAGGCAAAACGACGUGAUUAACACCAUGAUCCAGAAGCAAAAUAACCUAAUUAACACCAAGCUCAACGAAAGUAGUAAUUUAUUAAACACUAAGCUGGACGAGAGUAGUAAUUUAUUAAACACAAAGUUGAACGAGAGUAGUAAUUUAUUGAACACUAAGCUGGAUGAAAGUAGUAAUUUAUUGAAUACAAAGUUGGACGAGAGUAAUAACAGGUUAAACUCCAAAAUUGAGGAUAAAACUAGCAUCCUGAACAGUAAGCUGGAUGAAAAGGCUACUUUAAUUAACAUUUUAGUUGGUAAUAACAAUGUGAUCAACGACAUUCUGCAGAAGCAAAACGCCUUCAUGUACAACAUCAUCAAUGACAGCGUUUUAGACAAACUUAACACCAUCAAUGAUAAUUUGAUAAACACAAUUGCCGUAAUUGAGAACAAGCACAAAAUUCUAAUGGAAGAUUUAAUCAAGAGUCUGGGUGAUAACCUCACCGCAGUCGUUAACACCGUGUCAAACACACUUAACGACUCCACACAACACAUCACAAACAACAUCAACAACAACCUCGCACACAACGUCACUCACACUAUUACUCACAGCAUUACUAACAGCAUUACUAACAGCAUUACUAACAGUAUAAACAACAGUAUGGCAGAUGUUAACGAUAAGCUUCAUGCUAAUGUGAGUGUGUUGGAUGAGAAGAUUUCCAACAAUUUGUCCAGCAUUAAUGAUAAGAUUAACGAUAAAAUCCUUAACCUGGACAAUGGAGUUGAAACCAUUACUAACAUUCUAGACUCGGUUAAAACCUGUCUUGAUAAUUUGGAUGAUCACAUGAACGAGGUGGUCGACAGGAUGGGUGAGGUUGAGGGGAAAAUGGACCGCUGUGAUGAUCGCAUUACUGAGCUUGACGAUAAUUUAAACGAGUUCGAGUCGAGGUUUGAUGAUUUGAGCGUGAAAUUGACAGCCGUAGAGGAUAAAAUUGAGGAAAUUAAUGCGUUUGCUAGUGAGACUAUUUCUGACCUCAAGGCAUCGUUAGAGACUGUAAAUCAGAGCUUAAAUGGAGUUAACGACGGAAUAACUGAAGUUAAUCAAAGCAUUAACGAAGUCAAUGAUAAUGUAAAGGGAAUUAAUGACAACGUAAACACAGUCACUGACAGUAUAAACGAGACUCUAAAUAAUAGUUUCAAUUCCGUCAAUGAAACUAUUAACACUGAUUUGAAGGAUAAUUUCUCAACUGUCACCAAGUCAAUAAAAACUCUCAACAACUCCAUCACUAAUGUUAACAAUUCCGUAAUUACGGUUAACAAUUCUUUAACUACUGUCAACAAUAGUAUUAACGCUGUUGAAGACUCUAUUGAAACUGUUAAUAACAGCUUAAAUUCAGUUGAUGGAACGAUUAAUUCCCUGAAUGACACUCUUGGCAACUCCGUUGCCGCUGUUAAUCAGAGCAUUGCUGACGUCAACGCCAGCAUCAACACUCUUGAAAACACUGUUAACGAGGACGUUAAAACCAAGAUGAAGGAGUACAAGAACAAGUUUAAGGACGUUGACACUAAGUUGGACCAGGUGAUCAUCAAGUUUAACGAGUUUUUACACACUUUCAAUGACGGGAAGGAAGACGAUACUUUGGAUUCUAACGAUAUUCAAAAUUUAAUUAACCUCCUAGUCGUUAAACUGGAUCAAUUCAAAUCACCAGACGAUAAAAGUAAAGGUAACUCCUGCUGCAAUGACGUUCAAAAUCCUUGCUGUGAUACUGGUCAUAAUGCCUGUGUAGGGUCCAAUUCUGAUGAUAGUGCUGAAAAUGAUAAUAAACUCGAUAAAAAUUCUGGUGACAGCAGUUGCUCUAGUUUUAACUCUUGCAACCCUCCGAACAUUAACAUUCCUGACAAAAUCUACUCCAUUCGUGAGAAUUGUUCAGUUUCUAGUUGCAGGAAUGAGAACCCAACUACUAGUAAUAUUCCAGUUGAGAAUAAUGUGUUUCAAGAGUAUGUCUCGGGCAGUGCCUCUGACUACAGGGUUAACAUGUUCGGGGAUUCCUACGUUGCCGAUUUUCAGCAUUCCAGGGAUAAUCCCGCCAACGCCUACAACUUCAGUGGGGUCACCAAUGAUCAUCUUUACAAUCAGAAUUUGAAUCGCGUCUUCAGGAACAACACCAUCAUUAGGUAUCCCAUCUACACCAAUAACAACCUAGACCCUGGUGUACCCUAUCCUAACAGCUAUGAUCCUGGGUCUACCUACACUGCCAACAACUAUCAGCCUGUUACUCAUGAAAACUACUAUUCUGGAUCUUCAUUCACUCCCAACACUGCGAAUGUUAACUAUGUUAACAUCAACGGCCAGCUCGUUAAACACACCAGAGAGGUGAUAAGUUUACCCGAGUACAUGAAGACCUUGCAUUAA